CACACGCGUCUCUUGUUGUUCUAGAGAGGAAGGCGAGCGUGCCAUGUCGACUAGUGGGCCGAGGCUGGGGAAACUGCAGGGGCUGAAGCGAGAGGGCGAUGACGACGACCCGCAAGCCAAGAUGAGACGGCCGAAAAAAGAGGGGAUCAAGAUACUCCCGCUGAUUCUGAUGUUCGUCAUGUUCGGCCCGGUGGUGCUGACGGGGCUGAUCUUCGUGGUCGAUUACGUGGCGAACAGCGACUGGGGGAUUAAGAUCGGGCUGGCGGACGACCCGCGAACACGCCUCACCAAGUUCUACAAGAAGCACAACCCCACCAAGAUGCGAGAUGUGGACAAGCUUUUGAAGAAGUACAAGGGAAGAUACCCCGAAAUGUUCCAGAGGCUCGACGCCAAGUACAACAGGAGGAAAACGAAAGAAGCGGAAGAGGAGGAAGAGUAUGUAAGAGAGCAGGCACGCUACGAGCAGGAGGCGCGGGAAGCACAGGACAAGUUCUAGACGUUCCGUGUACGGCCGUAGCAGUAGCGGCAAAGCAACAGGGCCGAAAUUUAAGUUGGAGCGGCGGCGGUGAUGGCUGAAGCAGGAGGAGCAGGAUCCCGACAGUAGGAAGAAUAUUAUGUUGGCACGAAGGGCCUAACCGCACCCGCUCGGCUGGCUAGCUAGGAAGGGGAAGGUGGAGUGGUGCGCCAGACCUAAACGUUAGCGGAAUGGGGACGUGCUAUCUUCGACGACAGGUGCACUGCUGUUGCAGCAGCAGGGAGAGGAAAACGCAAGAAGGAUUGGAGGGGGGCGGGGUGUACGAGGUUGAGGUUGUGGCACAAUGGAUGCGUGACGCAGAAAAAGCGGGAUUUGUGGUGGACCUUGCUAUUUUGGGCAUGGUCUACUCCUGUAUCUACAUGCCCCCCGGUACUGCUGUAGUAUCGUUUCUUGCGGGCGUUGCCGUCUAACCUUCUUCUCUCUACCUCUUCAAGUUUGGGCCAGUGUGUGUUGCGUUAGCUUAGAUCUGUGAACGGAGUGCUGUACGAACAUAGAUCUAGAGGUGUACAUUGCAUGUAGUGCGUUUUUUUUCAUGAUACUCGGUGCCAGCUUG